AAAAAAAAUGAAGCUACUAACAAAAACACUACGAAUUUGCACAGUCAUGAUGCAAGUAUUCUGAAGCGAGUAGCGGAUUAUGAAUUUUGUGAGGUGGGAAAUGCGAAUCAAGAUACAUAUGAGAGAAUAACGAGAAAAGAUUCUAAAAGCAAAUGCAUCUUAUGUGUGGAUGAUAAUCCUAUUAGCCUAAAGAAAGUUUCAAAGCUUGGUUAUUCAACAAUCUCUGCAACAAAUGGCCAAGAAGCAGUCAACUUAAUUGAUCUUGAAUUUAAAUUAAGCAAUACGUACUCGUGUUCAUCUAAUUCGGAUAUAGAUCAAAUAAAAUCUCACAGAAUCUCAUUAAUUUUAACAGAAUGUAAUUUACCAAUAAUGUCAUGCUUUGAUAUUUCACGAGUAAUUAGAGCAAUGAGGCCACCAAUUUCAAACAUACCGAUUAUUGUCCUAACAACAUUUACUAUAGAAGAGAUACAAGAUAAAUGUAUAGAGUCAGGUAUAAGUGAUUAUCUCGCAAAGCCUCUGAAAAUUGAAGAACUUAAACAAGUUUUAAGUAAAUGGAUUG